CCACAUAUUUGAUUGUCUUGUCACUUAUCUUUUCCAUCAGUUUAAUCAACAAUAUGGAACCCAGAAACCAAACAGGAGUUUCAGAGUUCUUUCUCCUGGGACUGGCAGAGGAUCCAGAACUGCAGCCCCUUCUCUACAACAUCUUUCUGUUCGUGUAUCUGGUCACCAUCCUGGGAAACCUGCUCAUCAUCCUGGCUAUCAGCUAUGAUUUCCACCUCCAUACCCCCAUGUACUUCUUUCUCUCCAAUCUGUCCUUUACCGACAUCUGUUUAAGUACAACCACAGUCCCGAAGAUGUUAGUGAACAUCAAUACACAGAGAAACUCUAUCACUUACACUGGCUGCCUCACCCAGGUAUGUGCUGCCAUAAUUUUUGGAGGUUUUGAAAAUUUUCUCCUUGGAAUAAUGGCCUAUGACCGCUAUGUGGCUAUUUGUCAUCCACUGAGGUACACAGUCAUCAUGAACCCCCACUUCCUUGGUCUGCUGGUCAUACUCUCUUUGUUCAUUAGCAUCAUGAAUGCCCUGGUCCAUAGUCUGAUGUUGCUGAGACUGUCCUUCUGCACAGACCUGGAAAUCCCCCACUUCUUCUGUGAAGUUGUUCAGGUCCUCAAGCUCGCCUGUUCCAAUACCCUCAUCAAUAACAUCAUACUAUAUUUUAUGUCUAGCAUAUUUGGUGGUAUUCCUUUCUCUGGGAUUAUUUUUUCUUACACUCAAAUUGUUUCCUCCAUCCUGAGAAUGCCAUCAGCUGUUGGAAAGUAUAAAGCUUUUUCCACCUGUGGUUCUCACCUCACAGUUGUUUUCUUGUUCUAUGGGACAGGAUUUGGAGUGUACAUUAGUUCAGCAUUUACACACUCUUCCAGGAAGACAACAGUAGCCUCCGUGAUGUACAUUGUGGUCCCUCAAAUGAUGAAUCCUUUUAUCUAUAGCCUGAGGAACAGGGACAUGAAGGGAGCCGUGAGAAAAAUCACUGGUAGGAUACUUUAUUUUUAGUGAUUGUGUCAUCUGCUUUGGGCUUGGGUUUCUAGAAUGAGUAAAAGUAAAAGAAAUACUGGAGAGUCAGAAUUCCUAACUAGAUGACAUAAUGCCUAAGCAUUAUAAAAAUGAGUCAAAAACAACCUCUGUAUAUUAGCCCCCAUUUGUGUACUUCUUCAUAGCAAGCUCAAAAAAGUGUGCCAGUGUCAAACUCAAAUUUGUACAUACUUGUUUUAAAAAUAGCCCACGUAAUCAGAAUUUUACCAACUUAGAGCCUUCCUCCCUUACUUAUCCCACAAAAAUACACCCAGCGUUUGCUAUCCAUAGAUGGGCGAAGACCUGUCGCUAUAAUAAUCCUAAUGUGCUCUGCCUUUGGAGUACCUUUGACCCAGAGACUCCCCAACUUGCUGCAGUAGGGCUUCUCACAGGGACACAUAAUCUCCCUCCUUCCUUCUGCACUUCCCUGGGAGUUCUCAUCCCUUCUUCCCCUUCUGUUUUCUUCCUGCACCUCUUGCCUCUGGAAGACCUCCUACUGUGGGAGAUUACACCCUACAUGCAGCUGUCAAUGCAUCACACCAAUAAAACAGCUUGCCUUUCAACUGCUAU